GGGAGAGGAGGGCCCCACGACUUCCUCAUGAUGCUUGGGAAGAACGCGGCCCUGCUGUUCCUCGUUGCCCUAGCUGUGGCCACCAGCCCAGCCUGGGCACUCCGCUGCCACGUGUGCAGUAGUACCACCAACUGCAAGCAACCCCAGACCUGCCCGGCCAGCUCCCGUUAUUGCAAAACCAUGACCACAGUGGAGCCUCUGGCAGGGAACCUGGUGAAGAAGGACUGCGCAGACUCCUGCACCUCUGACUACAGCCAGCACGGCCAGGUCAGCAGCGGCUCCGGCUUCACCCAGUGCUGCCAGGGAGACCUGUGCAACGAGAAGCUAAGCAGUGCUGCGCCUGCACGCACCCUGCUCAGCAGCGCCACCCUAGGCCUGGCGCUCACCCUAGGCCUCCUUAUCCUCAUGGUCCCCAGCCUGUGACACUCACCCCAGAUGUACCCUUGCUUGCCCCUGCCCUUCCGGUUCUUGGGGGGUCCACAGCCUCCCACGUAGCCAUGAUGGAGGAACCAGAUGCUGAAGCUGGGGGCUGCCUCCGAAAGCUGGAGUCAGAUCCUGGUGGCCUGGAGAGCUGAUGACUCAAUUCCUGCCCCAGCAGAGGGAGAGGACUGGCGUGGCGGGGAGGGGACAGAGAGGCUCAGUCUCUUCUGAUUUUGUAUUCAUUCCAUUUAUUUUUCUACUUGAACUUGUGCAAAGAAAUAAAUGAUUGAAAAAUA